CCCGAAGGAAGACCUAAGAGGCGAUAAAACUCGACCCAAGCCCGACCCCCUGCAGCCAUGAGCAGCCUCGUGCGGACCGAGCCGCUGCGCGGGGAGCCCCCUCUGAUGGUUCCUGGAGACCCCUACUCCGUAGUGGUUCUGCUGCGGGGUUACGCAGAGCCCGAGGGAGGCGACGGCGCGGUGCGCGCUGAUGGCUCCGUGACCCUGGUCCUGCCCCACGCCUGGGACGCGGCUUCCAACCACCGAGAGCCCCUGCCUGGGGAUGGCGGAGCCAAGACCUCCUUGGAGGAGGCGGCCUGUGGCCCCAUCCUCGUGGACACUGGGGGCCCCUGGGCUCGGGAGGCUUUGCUGGGGGCCCUGGCGGGGCAGGGUGUGAGCCCGAGAGACGUGACUCUGGUGGUGGGGACCCACGGGCACUCGGAUCACAUCGGGAACCUGGGCCUGUUCCCAGAGGCGGCUCUGCUGGUCUCGCACGACUUCUGCCUCCCCGGGGGCCUCUACCUCCCCCACAGACUGGAUGAGGAGUGCCCCCUGCGGCUGGGUCCCGGGCUCGAGGUGUGGGCCACACCGGGCCAUGGGGGCCAGCGGGACGUGAGCUUGGUGGUGGCUGGCACGGCCCUGGGCACCGUGGUGGUGGCGGGCGACGUGUUCGAGCGCGUUGGGGACGAGGACUCCUGGCAGGCGCUGAGCGAGGAUCCGGUGGCCCAGGAGCGGAGCCGGAAGAGGGUCCUAGGCGCUGCCGAUGUGGUCGUACCUGGUCACGGGGCCCCUUUUAGGGUGGUCAGGGAAGCGUCGCAGCCAGAGACAUAAAGGUCCGGGAACAGCCGGCGGGAACCCUCUGUCGGAGACUAGAAGGCCGCCCUACUCCAGUUAGCACCGGGAGGGACCGUUGUCAGGGAACUCUCCAAGCUAAGGAGGUGGCGACGCUUCCAACCCUUCCAAAAGGCGAGUUUUCCAGUGAGGAUAGAAUGCCCCUUUUGUCACUGCCGUCACCAGUGUCACUCUGCUUGUCUCUGCAACUCAGGGAGGACCAGGGGUUGGCUCAGCCCCGUGUGGGACCUCUGGGGGCCGCGCUAAUCAAAUGCGGAGAAUGUUCUUCUGAAGGUUGGCCGAAAUAAAAACAGGAAGCCACAUUGAAAAUCCUACUGCCCCAAUGUAAAAGUGAAACAUUUAUAGUGAUAGUCAUGCAAAUGUGGUCCUCAGCAACUGGGGCUGAAUGAGCUAGCUGCAAUGGUCUAGUGUCUGGUGCCUCAGCUGGAAUAGCUGGGGUGGAUGGAGCCUCUGUCCAGCUUCUCAAUCUCCAAUAGGGUAGCCCGGACUUGUUCACAUGGUGGCAGAAAUGUUCCUAGCACUGGAGCAGAAGCUGCAAAGCCACUUGAGGCCUAGGCUCAGGACAUGCACCAUGUCACUCACACCACAUUCUGUUUGUUGAAGGGAGUCAGCAAGUCAAAGGCUAGCACAGAUUCAAGGGAUGAGGGAAAAGUCCCCACUUCUUGAUGGAAGGAGCUGCAAGGAACC